AUGAAUAUAUUUCGACUGGUGGCCGACGCUUCCCAUCUCUUGGCCAUCGGGAUUCUUCUGGCCAAGAUAUGGAAGACCAGGUCGUGUGCAGGUAAGGCAACGUGUUUUUGUUGAUUUUGUCGUUUAGAGUGGUAUUGUAUACAAGAAAGAAAUUGAUAAAGUAACGAAUAUGUUAGGUUUUAUAUAAAAUGUAUUUUUAAUGGCAUUUCGGAUCAUUAUUUUAAAAAUUUUUGGUUUUUAGGUAUCUUAUAUUGCGUAUGUGGCUGUUUUUCCUUACAAUCUUGUUUUUUAAGGUAUUUCCGGAAAGUCACAGCUUCUGUUUGCCAUUGUAUUCAUAUGUCGUUACCUGGAUUUAUUCACAAACUUCGUUUCUCUCUACAAUUCUGUGAUGAAGGUAAGCUAAUCAAGUUUAAUUUAAAAUUUUGUUGUUUUAGUUGUUCUUCUUGUCUUCAUCAAUUGGAACAGUUUACUUGAUCUAUUUCAAAUUCAGAGCGACAUACGACAGGUAAAAUAAAAAAUUGAAGUUUUAUGAUUUAUAUUUUCGGAAUAUUUGCCAUUUUUUUUCAAGAACUAACUUUGUUUAAAAAAUAACUUUUUAGAGUUAUUUUUUGUUACCUAAAAUUUUUCAGGAACCAUGAUUCUUUCCGAAUUGAAUUCUUGUUGAUCCCAACUGCCUUAUUGGGCCUUCUGAUCAAUCAUGAGUUCUCAGUGAUGGAGAUCCUGUGGACCUUCUCUAUCUACCUGGAAUCUGUAGCCAUUAUGCCACAGUUGUAUAUGCUCCAGACGACUGGAUCAGCUGAGACCAUUACUGCUCACUACUUGUUUGCUUUGGGAUCUUACCGAGGCUUGUAUAUCCUCAACUGGGUCUACCGCUACUACAACGAAAGCUUCAUCGAUGUUAUCGCAGUUGUCGCUGGUAUCGUGCAAACUGUGUUAUACGCCGACUUCUUCUAUCUAUACGUCACAAAGGGUAAGUUGUCCUGUUGUUUGAAGGUGCAGUUAACUCUUCAACUGUCAGAUUAUAAUAUUAUGUGGAUGAUUAACAUGUCAUUGUUUCAGUCAUCCAACAGAACCGCAACAUUCAAUUGCCAGCCUAA